AUGAAGGUCGUAUUGAUGGGAGCCACAGGCUUCGUUGGCCGUGAGGUUCUUGAUCAAUGCUUGAAGAAUUCCAGUAUAUCAGCUGUUGUCGCUGUCAGUCGAUCAGACCUUCAGAUAGUUGAUCCGAAACUUAAAGUCAGCAUCGUCGAUGACAAAGAUUUCCUCAAAUACCCCGAUUCGCUUUUGGAGGAUAUAAAAGACGCCGAUGCAUGCCUGUGGUGUUUGGGCAGAAAUCCCAGUAGCGAAAUCAAUGAGGCCAGGAAGGUCUGUCUCGAUUAUACUGUUACUGGUCUGCAGGCAAUGACUCCGACGACCACGAAGGACAAGGAUUGGAGAUUUCGCUUCAUCUACCUCAGCGGGGGAGCUGCAGAACGAGAUCAGAGCAAGGUGCUCUGGUUUGCACAAGAGUACCGUCAUAUGCGUGGACAAGUGGAGAAUACCAUUUUGUCACAUGCUAAGGACAAUCAAAAUACCUUGGAAGUCGUGAUCAUGAGGCCAGGUUUUGUUCUUGCAAAGCAAACUAGUGUCAGAGACACUGUCAGAGGACUGGCACCCUCUGUACGAGUGGAUAUUCUUGCUCGAGCCAUGAUUGCCUUGGUAUUUGAUGCAAGCGGAAGACAAGUGGUUGAGAACAAUGAGAUAAGAGAACUUGGUGCUUGA